GCGAAUGGCCCGACUCGCGCUCGUCGCGGCCGCCGUGCUUGUGUGGUGCCUCACUGCAGUCGCCUACGCUUCGUCGUCGUCCUCUUCUUCGUACUACACCGGCAGCAGUGGCUCCUACUCGUACGAUGCUGGCAGCGGCUCCGCGUAUUACGCAAGUGAUGUGAUCACGAAGCCGGGGGCGUACGCGCUCCCGUCCCAGUACGCGAACGCGACGCCAAUGGCACUCCUCGACGUCGGCGGCGGCCACAUGACCUUCCAUUGGUUUACGCCGGCGACGAUCGACUCGAUGUACCUCGUGUACGUCAACGGGUCGCUGACAGGGCACGCGUUCGGCAUCACGAGCGACUAUACGCUCGAAGGCCUUGUCUGCGACGCGACGUACAUCGUCGUUGUGGUUGACGUGGUCAACACCAACUUGGCCAACGUCCUCUUGGCCACGACGACGGCGGCGACGGCGCCGGCGACGCCGCCAGCACCCGUCGCGCUGCAUGUCGACAGCGGGUACGUCAACAUUAGCAUUCUCUACCCCAAAGACACGGGCGGGCGUCCGAUCGAGUAUGCGGUGCAAGUCACCGCCGACGCCGUCGACCUCGAGCCGUUCGCACCUGUGACCAAGCAAUCGGGGCCGCAAUCUGCGACCGUGUACAGUCUGUUUGCCAACACCGAGUACUUUAUCUCGGUGACCUUGACAAACGCCGGCAACUGGACAAGCCCGACAAGCUACCCCCUCGUCGUGACAACGAACGACGUCACGUACCCGAGCAUCUGCCCGAUGCCGGUGCUCGUGGCGGCCACCGCGGGUCUUAUUCAACUGCGCUUGACACCGCCACUCGACACGGGUGGCUCGGAUAUCUUUGGCUACCACAUCUACGUCGGCGUCAACGGCUCCAUGAUGGAGGCCGCGUUCACGUCGAUCACCGAUGCCUACUUGUACGAGUCGGCACCGGGGCAAGCGUGGGUGCCAGAGACGACAUACGAUAUUCAAGUCAUCGCGAUGAACGAGCUCGCGCUCUGUCCGAGUGACAACUCUGCACGCAGGAGCGACGCGCUUCGCGUCACCAUCCCGCCCGCCCAAGUGCCCAGCAGUCGGUCCCUCGGCGCGUAUCUCGUGGCGGCGGAGGCAUCUCGCCUCACGCUGCAAGUACUCUUGCCCAACGAUUUGGAAGGCGCGACACCUCUCGGCGUGUACGUUACGGCGACCCCGAUCGUCGGCAGCGCUACGACGGUGCUCUUCCCGACGACGGGUGCCGUUGUGGCGACGAUCGCCGGUCUCAACGCGUCGACAACUUACGCGAUUGCCCUACAACUGCUCACGAGCCUCGGCAAUACCACCGAGCGCAGCAAUGUGCUGCAAGCCACGACUGCGCAAGGAGGGCUGCCGGCGGCUCUGGUGCAAACCACGGCUCUGAACGUCACGGCAAGUACGGCGGUGGUCGCGUGGGUGUAUGCGAGUGACAGCGGUGGCGGCGUGCUCACUGAGUACCAAAUGCAAGUGAAUGCAAGCAGCGCGUCAGUAUCGCCGACGUGGCUACCGCUUCCACCAAGUCCCGUCGCGACGAUCUCGGGUCUUCUGGCCAACACCAUAUAUCAAGUGACAAUCCGGGUCCGCAACAUCUUUGGGCUGGUGUCGCCAGCAGCAUUUGCGCUGUUGACGACGGCGAAUGCGACAGUACCCGGUCCUCCGACGAGCAUUGCGAUUGCGUCCGUCUCAAGCACCGCCCUCCAGCUCGCGUGGCGUCCACCCGAGGACACGGGGGGGCAGAGUGACGCGCUCAUGUACUCGGCGACCGUACUUGCGGACGACAACGUCGUUGGCGCGUGCAGCAGCAGCACGCUUUUCUGCACGUUAUACGGGCUUCAGCCGUCGACGUACUUUACAGUCACUGUGGUGGCCUCAAAUGCACUUGGUACCGGUGCGGCCUCGGCGCCCAUUGUCGUGCUCACGAGCGCGGUGACGCCACCGAGCGCCGUGCUCAACCUCUCCACCGCCUUCGUGUCGGGUGGUGUCAUCAAUGUGUUCUGGAGCUUUCCCUUGGACUCGGGCGAUGGCUCGUCGACGCUUCAGUACACGGUUGCACGCAACGGUGCCGUCGUCGGCUCCGUGUCGGGCGCGACGACUUAUACCGACUGUGGUGGCAUUCUCGCUGGAGCUACGUACGAGUACACGGUGACGGCUGUCAACUCGGUGAGCGCGGGACCGUCCGCGUCGACGACGACCGUGACGUCGGUGAUGCAGCCACCGAUGGCACCCUCGAUUUCAUUGGUGCGCGCCCAGGCGACGGGGCUAACGUUUUCGUUUGCGCCGUCUUGCGACACUGGCGGCACCAACGUCUUGUGGCACUACGCUCUCUGGUAUCCAAUCGACGCACCGAUGCCGUUGUCGCCGAUGCUUGAGAUCCCGUCGACGGCGUCGAGCUUUGCCGUUGGGGGUCUCACGCCAUCAAGAAUGUACACCGUCGUCGUCUGGACGAGCAACUACGCCGGCAAAAGCAACCUCAUAAUGGCAACGGCAACCACGACGACGGGACUGCCGGGGCUCCCGAGUGCUUCUCUCCUCGCUGCGUCGACAUUCACGUUGAGCCUCGCGCUCUUGCCCCCGGCCAACUUUACCGAAGAUUCGUGGCUGUUUCAAGCCACCGUGUCGCUCGCCGGCCGCGUCGUUCGCAAUACGACGGUACCAGCGUCGGCGGCCAACUCGACUGUGUGGUCGCUCACCGCCCUCGACGCUGCGACGACCUACAACGUAUCCCUGCAAGUUCUCACGCCUCAAGGAGCCAGCCCCGUGGCGACAGCUCAAUUUGCAACUCUGCUUGACCAACCAGGUGUGGCGUCGUUUGUGAUGCCGGCGGCUUACUUGAUGGACGGCAGAAACAGCACAACGCUGACGCUCGAGCGACUGUACGGAGCUCGAGGGGAGCUCGUCGUGCCGUUCUCGGUGUCAACUGCUCCCACUGGACUCUAUCCCGUGUGCACCACGACAGGGUCGGCGACGAAGUGCACGUUUUCGGCCACGACCUCGACAACCCCGUCAAUCACGUUUGACGCUGGGAACGUGACGCAUGCCUUGACGCUGGAGACGUGGAACAGCCUCGUGGUCUCUGAUGUCCCGCAUACGAUCAACAUCACCCUGCCAUCGGCGGAGAAUGCUUCGACGACGGCCAUUGUGUACCUUUAUGGGUCUUCGGGAUCGAUCCAGGCGCCGGCUACCGUCGUUCUCUACGAAAAUGCGUCGACUGCGUCGAUUGCUCUGGCUCGUGUCGGCGGUGUGAGUGGUUUCCUCAAUGCUACGGUGACUCCCUUGAACGGCACUGCGAUUGUUGGGGUCGACGUCGGGGUGCCACCAACGUCAGUGGUCUUUGCUCCACGACAGACCACGGGCGUGAUUUUGGUAACCAACAUCUCGCAGAGUCGACAGUACAACCCCAGCGGUCGAAAGUUCCAGCUUGUGCUCAGUCUUCUCCCGGUGGGCAACGUACCACCGAUGCCAGCCGUGGUUGUCAACGUGUCGGUCCUCGACGACCCGAGCAUCGUCAAAGUGCCAAUGCUGUGCGGAACCGUCGUGAUGACGCAAGCUACGGGCACCACACUGACGCUGCAGUGGUCGCCGCCUGUCGCCGGCGUUACGCCCACGAGUGUCUACCGUGUAUCCGUCGCGGGUGUUGCGGGCACUGUAGUCCAGUCGCCAAUCGUAGUCACGUCGCUGAGACCAGGGAUUGUUGUUUACAACCUCACGCCAUCGUCCAACUACGUCGUGCAGGUGGCACUGGCCAACGCUGCAGGCGUCGGACCAGCGACACCGGCGCAGAUGUUUUCAACGACGCCCCCGACACCACCGAGCUCGCCACAAAACGCGUCGGUGAGCAACGUUGGCGGUGGUGUUGCGACGCUGACGUGGGCGCCGCCCAACGACACGGGGGGCUACCCCCUCUCGGGCUACGUCGUGUCGGCACCGAGACUUCCAACUGUGACACUGCCCGUGACGACGACCUACGUUGCGUACGAUCUGGCAGCCGUUACGAGCUACGUGUUUGCCGUCAGCGCGAUCACAGCGCCCAGCAUGCCUACGGGUGCGCCAGUGUACGUUCCAGUCACAACGGCAGCGAUGGAGUUGCCGUCGUCGCCACCGACACCGGUCCAAGUCAACGCCACGGGCGGCGCGCUGUCGUUCACUCUGAUGUUGCCACGGAACACGGGGGGUGGCCCCAUUCUCGACGUCUCGUUAUACUUGGCGUCGGGCAAGGCGUCGCCGGUGCGCGCGUGCUCGGGGCUUCAGCUCUCGUGUACCAUCUACGGUUUGGCGUUCAACACUGCGUACAGCGUCUACACGGUGGCGACAAACGCGCUGGGUGCGAGCCUGCCGAGCCGCUCCCAGACGGUAUUGACGGCUUCGGUCAUGUCCCUUCCGAGUGCGCCGGCGACUCCCGUGCUUGUUCGCGUGUCGGGGGGCACCGUUUGGCUCAGUUGGACGCCGCCGACUGACUUUGGUGGCACACCGCUGCUCACAGGGUACCAAGUGCUCCUGCGCGCCAAUGUCGUGUCGGUGUUUGGCGUUGUCCAGUGGACCGCGUCGACGGUCGUUGCGGACGUCGCCUUGUCUGAUGCCGUGCCGCCCGUGUCCCAGCUCAACAUUACCGGCUUGACCAACGACACGCUCUACGCGUUUUCCAUCGUGGCCCUCAACCCGGUGUCGGCCUGUCGCAGCGAUGCCGACUCCAUGCCGAGUCCCGAGCUGUUUGUGCGCACACUGGACCCCGGGGCACCGACACCACCAACGUUUGUUGUCCAAGUGGGUGCUACCGGCGGCGCCGUCAAGAUUGCGUGGGGUCAACCGUAUGACAAUGGAGGCUCGGAAGUCACCAACUACACUCUGGUUCGCCGCGUUGGCUCAACAACGGUCGUCUUGGCAGCGUUGCCAGCGACGCUUCAAAGCUACCAGGUGUAUGGGCUCUCGUCGUCAACAAUAUACAUCUUUCAGGUCGCCGCUGUCAACAUCGUCGGCGCAAGCAGCUGGAGCGAUCCUCUGCAAGCAACGACGAGCGCACCGACACCACCGACGUCGCCUCAGAGUCUGCAAGUCGCAUCGAUUGGAGGCGGGCUCGUCGCGUUGGCGUGGCAGCCCCCCGUUGACACUGGCGGCGACGAGCUUGUGGGCUACAACGUCUACCGCAACGCUCUUCUCAUCUCUGGGCAACUCAACAUGACGUUCUUCACGGACGCCAACGGCCUCUCCAACGGCACGACCUACUUGUACACGGUGUCGGCAAGGAGCGCGCACUUUGAAGGCGGGGCGGCUUCGGUGUCUGCGUCAACGCUGGCGACGCCAGACUUGCCGCAGCCUCCCGUCGUUUCGGUACUGGUAGUCACGGGCGGUAUGCUCCUGGUACAAUUACGUCCGCCGGACAACCUUGGUGGUCAGCCGCUGCGUGCACUUUCGAUCCUCGUCGUCACAACGGCGUCGGGCGUGGUUGCGAACGUGACAACGACGCAGGCAAAUUCGUCAUUUUACGGUCUCAGUGCCUCGACGAGUUACGAUAUCGUGGCGAGCGUGAGCACGAGCACCGGGUCGAGCACGCCAUCAACGGUUCGGACGACGACUCUUCCGCUGUCCGUGCCGUCCGUGCCGUUGGAGCCACAGCAGCAUGCUGUGCGGGGAGGCAGCGUGGACUUCUGGCUUCGCCUCCCACUCGACCUUGGCGGCGGCAGCGUUGACAUGCGCUUAUAUCAGCUCGACUCGACGGGGGCGCUGGUCACUCACGUCUACAAGAAUGCGACGCAAGCGUUUGCCGUCACCAUUCCCGGGCUUGCUGCCGAGAGUUUGUACCAGUUUUGGACGACCGCAGUGAAUGCUGCGGGCGAAAGCGUACACAGCCCCGUGCUCAACGUCAUGACAACGACCGUAUCGGCGCCGGGGCUUGUGACGGGUCUAACAGCGUCGUCCAAGUCGUAUCGAACGCUCUCUCUGUCGUGGGCGGUCUCGAUGGACACGGGGGGCGACGCGGGGGGGAUUCUCGGGUACAACGUUACCGUCGCGUCGGACGCUGGAGUGCUCCAAACCCUCUCUACGUCAGUGUCGGCAAUUCUGAUUGAUGGUCUCGUAGCAGCCACCACGUAUGUGGUCCAAGUUGCCGCCGAAAAUGUCGUGUCUUUUGGCGCCUGGUCGGCGCCCGUGAGCUUUACGACGGACGAAGCCAACCCGGGUGAGCUUCAGAUGGCGUCAGCGACAAUAUCGGUGCGGGAAGACCAAGGAACAGUCUCGAUAACAGUGCUCCGGACAAACGGGGCAGCUGGUGACAUUGGCUGCAACGUAACUGUGACGGCGAUCAGUGCGCUGCUCGAUGUCGACUUUGCGCUGCCGAGCACGACGUCGGUGGAGUUUCCCGACGGCAUCACGUUCCAGUCGUUCUCGGUUCCAAUUUUCCACGACACGGUGUACAACAACCUCGCCAGCUUUGCCGUGACGCUCACAGACAUGACUUCGGCGACGGGCAGCGUCGGCGCGAAUGCAGCGUGUACCGUAUACCUCCUCGACGCUGGCGACGACGGCAAAGUCGCGUUCGGGUCGUCUGUGUAUACGCUGAACGAAAACGCCACCAGCUUUGAGCUUUCGCUCGUGCGCACCGGUGGCUUUAGCCGCGCCGUCACCGUCGCCGCCUCGGUUGUCGGCGCCCCGAUGGUAGCGUUUGGGUCACCGACUGUCGUCUUUGCGGAUGGCCAGUCGUCCGCUGUGCUCGUGGUGCGAGGAAUUCCCAAUGAUCUUUACGACAUGCCGUACCGAGUGACGACCAUUCAACUGCAGAUCGGUGCUGGCAGCUUGGGACGGCUGGGGUCGCUUUCUGUGGCCUCGCUGCGGCUGCUGGACGAAGGUGACGUUUCGGGUGCGAACGACGCGGGGUUGCCGCCAGUGUUCGUGAACACAACCGGCGGUCUCCUCACGGUCGCUGUGCAGCCGCCGUUGCACAUGGGCGGUGCAAGCCAAACCAUUGCCUUCUACGCUUUGACGACGUACCAGUUACCGAGCAUGACGGUUCUCAGCGUGCAGAACCAAACGACACCGACCUUUGUCAUCGGCGGUCUGAGUGCGCUAACUUCGUACGCUGUCUCGAGUGCGAUGUGGAACACGGCGGGGUUUCCAUCCAUGGGGGCGUCGACUGUUUUUUCGACCAGCUACACGACGGGGCCCGUGUCGUUGCCCGGACCACCACGAAACAUCACGACGACGACUCAAACCGGUGGUACGGUGACCGUGUGUUGGGCACCGCCCUUCGACACGGGCGGUGCUCCGAGCACGGGCAACCGCAUCCUUGAUGCCUCGGGCCUGAUACUUGUUGAUAAUGCAAAGAGCGCAUCGUCCUGCGCGCGCCUUGUCGGGCUCAACUGGACCGCCAACUCCAACUACUCGGUUGCGGUCCGACUACUGAACGCUGCUGGCGCCGGUGUGCCUGCCUCGAUCGACGUCUCCACGGGCAACGUCUCUCGGCCCACUGGGCUACUGCCUGCGACGACGCCGGCUGUCGGCCCGGACGUCUUUCAAGUGGUUUUUCCGCUACCGGGCGACACGGGCGGUGUCCCGAUUCAAACCUACUCACUUUACAUCAACGUGACAAACAGCACUAUGGUUACGACCGAGAUAACGACGGUGCUCACGCAGUUUGACGCCGCCGAGAAUACAAUCGUAGUGAGCGGACUGACGGCCCUUACGUGGUACCAGCUGCUGUACACUGUCACCAACGCCAAUGGAACCAGUGAUCUCAGCCCUCCAACGUACGUGCGAACGAGCGUCCCGUCGAUCCCAACCACGCCGCAAAGAUUUGCCUUGGACCCGACGCAGCUGCAGUCAGGCGGGUGUCUCUCUGUCCAGUGGGCGAAGCCGAUUUCAUCUGGCGGUCUUCCCUUGGUCGAGUACCAUGUGCUCAUCAGCGCUGAGAAGGCGACGAACUUUAGCGUCGGCGCCGUCGUUCCAUCCCCAGCGCUUAGCACGACCCUCUGCGGGCUGACGCAAAACACAAGAUUUACGCUCAAGGUCAUUGCGUACAACAGUGCGUCGUACUGCUACGGCAGCAUUGACAAGCUCGAGGCGAGUCCACCGGUGACCGCAACGACGUCGCUUGCGACGCUGCCACUGAACCAGUCGGCGCCGCUACUCCAAGAGGCAACGGGCGGCGCCUUGCAUUUGGUGUGGGCGCCGCCAAUGGACACGGGGGGUAUUCCGAUCCAGACGUAUCUUUUGUACCAAGUGACUUCGUCGGGGUUGAUCUUACUGGCCAACACCAGCGACCAGAGUUAUGUCGUCUACGGACUCGCUCAAAGCACCUCAUAUCAGUUUCUACUCGAGGCCCAGAAUGCCGUGGGUCUCAGUGCACCGAGCCCGAUCGCCGUCGUCACGACAACAUCGACGACGGCACCGACCGCCCCCAGGAGCCUUCGCGUCGUCAACACCACGGGUGGCGCUGUGACACUUGCGUGGGAUCCAGUGCUCGACACGGGGGGGCAACCCGUGAACGUAUAUUACGUAUAUCGCAAUGGCGCGCGCAUCGGCCAAGCUACGACUACACUAAUGUACAUCGAUGCCGGUGGCCUCACCGCGUCGACGGCGUACUCGUACAUUGUCGUUGGCUUCAACGGCCUUCAAUAUGGCGACCAAAGCAGCGCUCUGACGGCAACAACGUCAACGCCGACUGUGCCGUCCGCUUGCACAUCGUUCAACAUUGCACUCUUGGGCGGUGAGGUCUCGGUCAAUUGGUCGCCCGGGGCCGACACGGGGGGCGUGCCCGUGCUGAGCUACCUCGCGACGCUGAUGCUCAGCAACAGCACCAUCAAGGCCGUGGUGACUGCGACACCGACCUUCCAAGCCAAUUUUCUCUUGUCGCGAACCAACUACACGCUGUCGGUGCAGGCCGUGAACCGAGUGGGCGCCGGCGUCAAUGCUACCGUGCCGACGCCAACGACGCAGCUCAGCGUCCCCGGAGACAUAUCGACACCGCCAGUUCUCAUGUCGGUGUUUGGCGGCAACGCCACCUUUCUCAUGACCGUCCCGCUCAACACGGGCGGCGGCGCGCAGUUGUCGUUUGUCUUGUACCAAGGCAAUCGCGCUGCGGCCCAAGUGAGCGCGCUCAACGGUUCGGCCAACGCAACGGCGUACGGUCUCAACGCAUCGACAGCCUACUCGUUCACGUACGCGUGCUUCAACAGCCUCGGACUCGGUGGUCAAAGUCCGAGCGCCUCGGCGACGACGCUCGUGGCGAACGCGCCUGGGCCCUUGGCGUUGGCGCCGCGCGUCACCGCCGUGACGUCGCGCACCAUUACUUGCGCGUGGCAAGCUCCGUUGGACACGGGGGGCUCGACACUCCUUGUUUACGAGCUGCGGGCGGCGGGUCCGUCCGGCGUGCCAACCGUCUCUGCGAGCACGCUAAACACCCUUGCGCUCACGCUCUUAGGUCUGCAGUACGAAACCGCGUACACGGUGCAAGUCCGCGCAUGGUCGACCAAUCAAGCGGCCUCGGGACCGUGGUCGCCCCCUGUGACGGUGUCCACGGCCUCGGGCUCGCCCGGUGUCUUCUCCUUCAACACAUCGGCGGCGUCGGUGAUCAAGAACGCAACGGUGCUUACCGUCGUCCUCCAGCGUGCUGUCGGCACCAUCGGUGACGUCACCGUCGCGGUGCAAGCACCGAACACGACGCACCUGGGGACUCAGUUUGUGCUGAACGCGAGCGCGCCUACGCAGUCGACGCUCCUCGUGGCCUUUCCCGAUGGUACGGCGUCGGUGGUUGUUCCCGUCGGCAUCCGCAACGACGGCAUUUAUCGCGCGAUCCCGUCGGCGUUUGUGUUGCAACUGGUCAGCGCCACGGGCGGCGCCUCGAUCGGUGCCAACAACGCAACGAUGACCGUGACGCUACUGGACGCAGGAAACGCCGGGAAGGUGCGUUUUGCUGCCGCCAACUACGACGUCGCCGACACGGUGGGCAUGCUUUCGAUCCCGGUGUUGCGCUACAGCGGCGCCAGCACACCAAUCCAAGUGCUGGCGAAAACAGCAAAUAAUGAUUCGAACGCGCAGGUCGCUGCACCGGGCACCAACUACCGCCUCCCGACGACACCGCUCGACUUUGGCGACCGCCAGCUCACACCGACGCUCCUCAACAUUACGAUUCGCAACACCAGAAUCUACAGCUAUCCUAGCCUCGGCUUCACGGUGGCUCUCAGCAUGUACGCUGGUGGCGCUGUGCUUGGUGACAUCCAGCAGGUGUUUAUCACGAUUAACAAUGGAAAUGCGAGCUCGGCGCCCGGUGCCCCGCCAGCGCCGUCGGUUAUAAUGGUGACGGGUGGCGCUGUGCUGCUGCAGGUCAAGCUACCCAUCAACCGAGGCAGCGCGGUGGCCACCAUCUCGAGCUUCUCAGUGACGACGACCAACGUACUCACGCGCGUUUCAACGACCAUGAUCGUGCCGUACCUCAACAAUCCCAGUAUCUGGAUCGGCGGUCUCCUGGCCAAUACGACCUACACGCUCAGCCUCGCUGCCGCGCAGUCGGCGUUCAUUGGCUACGGUCUACGAAGCCCCAACGUCACCUUUACGACCGGCGCGGCGUCGCUGGCCACGGCACCGACGAACGUAGCGGUGGCGUCGGCGACCGGCGGUGCUCUCACGCUACAGUGGGACCUGCCGCUUGACACGGGCGGCGUCCCGAUUCUCAACUACCGCGUGCAGUGGACCGAUGCCUCCAACACGGUGCAGGUUGUCGAGACGGGCAACGCCGCGCGGGUGUUUGUCAUCACGGGCUUGGUCGCUCGCCGAGCGUACCCUGUUCAGAUUCAGUGCUUCAAUGCCGUCCCGAUUGCGCUGACGCAAGGCUGGGGGCCCUACAGCGCCGUGGCGUCGUUGAGCACGACCAGUGCUACGUUGCCUGGGCCGCCGAUUCUCUCGUCGACGCCGACGGCAACAACCGGCGGCAGCAUCACCGUGACGUGGGCACCGCCGCUGGACACGGGCGGCGCACCAAUUGUCGGCUACCACGUGUUUUUCAAGGCAGCGUCCGCGUCGAGUUUUGCGCAGGCCAACAGUGCGGGCCUCGUCACCCAAACCCGCUUUGCCGUGGCCCCGCUGCUGGCGUCGACCAACUACUCGUUCCUCGUACUCGCCGAAAACCCUGCGGGGCCCGUGCUGCUACCGGGGGUGUUCAACGUGAGUGCCACGGCUACAUCGGUCUCGACGUCGAUGGACUGCCGCCAAGUGCUCGCGACGGGCAACGCGAUCCUCCUCGGGACGUCGUUGUUUACCGUCGGUGGCGCCGUCACAAGCUCGCUCUUCACCGUGACGCAAGCCAACGCUUACGCAACGCAGCUUCGAGUACCCGGCUACCGGGUCGGUGCAAUGAGCAACGUCAUCACCGCGACGACGAUAUAUCCGACCAACCCGGCCGUGCCACCCGCACCGAUGCUGACCGUCGUCACGGGCGGCGCGAUGUACGCCACUGCCUCGUCCCCUGCCGACACUGGUGGUAUUCCUGUCACUGGUUUCGAAGUUCUCUUGUUGAACCUCGCCAACGGAUCCAACACCACGGUGGCCGUCGGGGCACUCGUUCGGUCGUCGCCAACAGCGCUGCAGGCGUCUGCACCGAUCCGCGUCCAAAACCUCAGUCCCUUGUCGCUGUACGCUGUGGCCGUUGUCGCCGUCAACGCAGUGUCUGGCUGCAGCAGCUAUGCCCCUGUGUUUAGCAAAGCCACCUCCUUCACGACAACGGUCAUGUCGACGCCUGGACCUCCCGAGAAUCUCGGCGUCGUCUUGGCCACAGGCGCGGGACUCUCGAUGGUGUGGAGCCCGCCCUUCGACACGGGUGGCGCGUCCAUCGACUCGUAUACGCUUCAGAUGCAAGACGCACCGACGAGCAGCUGGACGUCCGUGUACACAGGACCAAGCCCAGCGUACCGCAUGGCCGGGCUCGCGACAUCGACGACGACCGGCUGGCGUCUGCGCGCGACGAACGCCGUCAACACGUCGCUGUGGUCGACGCCGUGGAACUUUUCAACGACGGGGCCCAGUGUCCCUGGUCCCUGCAUCCAGCCGUACAACGUUACGACGACGGGCGGUCGCAUCGAAGUGGCGUGGGCACCACCGGCGGACAGCGGCGGCUCGCCGAUUCUUUCGUAUCUCAUCGCGCGGGACGACGGCGCCGGCGGCCCGUUUAUGUGGUUUGCAGUGGUCGAGCCAUUCUAUAUCGCGUACGGGCUCAAUGCUCUCACAACGUACCGGUUCAAAGUGCUGGCAAAAAACAUGAUUGGGUCCGGCGAGCAGUCGCCGAUCGCGCUCUUGGCCUCGGGACAGCCGUCGCCGCCGGAGUUGCCGGCGAUGCCAACAGUCGUCGCGGCCACGGGUGGCGCCGUGAGUCUCCAGCUGAGGCCCCCGCUUGAUCUUGGCGGCGUCGAUCCCGCGGCGCUUACAUAUCGGGUGUUUGCCAACGGCCAAAACGUCAUCAACGUCACGUACGCGCAGGUUCUUGCGAGUCAAGCAGCGACGCCGCCUACUACGUCCCGUCGGCUUACGGUGGCGUCAUCAUCAAGUAGUGUCGUCGUCGCAGGCUUGGAUCCGAGUACCGUGUACCAGUUUGGCGUAGCGGCAGUGACACCGGUCGGCACGAGUGCUCCGUCCGCUCUCAACGCGGCCGUCACCCAGCUACCAACGGCCCCCGUAGCACCGGCAGCGCCAACGCUCGUUGUCGCCUACGGCGGCUCUCUUCAACUGUCGUGGCUCUCACCGAUCGACGAAGGCGGCUCCCCCGUGACUUCGUUUCGACUGGUACAGCUUCCGAGCACGACGGUCUGCGACGGCUUGAUCUGGUCGUGCAUCGUACCCAACCUGGCCCCCAACACGGCGUACUCGUUCUACGUCGUUGCUAUCAACGCUGUCGGAGCCUCCCCGUCGAGCUCGGUUACGUUGACCAAGACGAUACUCUCUGCCAAACCGUCGGCGCCGCGCAACGUUGUGGUUGUUAGCGUUGCGCCCGCCGGCACGAGUGCGCUCGUCGCGUGGGAUCCUCCGACAAGCCUCGGGGGGCUCGCGCUCUCCACCUACCGAGUGAUGUACACAAAUGUCAACUCGGGCCUGGGACAAACGGUCGCCGCCGGCACGGAUCUCAAUACGACGUUAACGGGGCUGAGCACCGGGACGACGUAUACCGUGACGCUGACGGCUGUCAACCUUCAACUGGACGAGAGUCCUGCCAGCUACAGCGCGUCGCUCAAGACACCCAGCGGAAACGGUGCGCCAACGGCACCGACGAUCGCCUGCGCCUCGUCGACGCGGCUGGGGCUGGUUUGGAUGCCGGUGCAGGGCGCCGAUCGGUACGCCUUGUACCGCAGUGGCACCUUGUUAGCGACAGUCUCAGCACCGCACUUUACGGACACGGGCUUGACGGCAUCAACGACCUACUCGUACACCCUCAAAUCUGUCGACGUUCACGGCGCCGAGAGCGUCGGUGUCACCGCCUCGUUGGCGACGACGGCCACGUCCGACAGUCUCUGCACCGCCGCCUAUGGCUACGUCGCGCAAACUGCCUACACCAACAACCAAGUUACGCAAUGGACCAUUGCGCCGUCGGUCGCCUUCAGCAACCUGCGCCUCGAGGUGCUCCGCUUCGACACCGAGUGCGACCACGACAGUGUUCGCGUCGAACAGUUCCCUUACGAUGGGUCGCGCGUUCUCUGGGCCGGCGGCUGCACGCGCCUCAGUGCAUUCUUCAUCUGGAGCGACGGCGCGCUGCCCGUCCGGAUCACCUUGCGAUCGGACGCCUCGGUCACCAAAUCGGGUUUCUCCAUUCGGUACAUUGCCAGCACGGACGCCCCGGUGGCGACGGCUGGGACGUGCCCGACGACCGCCGGUGUCAUUUGCACCGACCAUGGUCGCUGCAGGACGGACGGCACGUGCAGUUGCAACCUCGGGUUCACGGGGGAGGACUGCAGCAACCGCCUCGUAUGUUGCGUCGACCCUAAGGUCUGCGACAACGACAUUUGCCGGCUACCGUCCUCGCAAGUGUUGCUCGUCGAUGCCAAUGCCGGCGACGACGCCUUGGGCACAGGCGCAAUGAUGAGCACUUCGGAAAUCGCAGGCACCGCGGCCAAGCCAUUUGCCACGCUCACGCGAGCGCUGCAAGUCGCCACCAACGACACCACCGUAUUCGUAUACCCUGGCAACUAUGGCGCGGCGAGUUGCGGACAUGUGUUCACCGAGCGACGCGUCACAAUCACGUCGCUGCGAGGCUCGAAUGUGACCAUCGUGACGUGCACCGGCACCUUUGGGCUCGAUAUAACGCGGUGCGCGCUUGUCAUAACCGGUAUAACGCUGGAGCGGGCGACGAGCGCGAGUCAUGGUGCAGGGCUUCUCGCUCACGGCUCGCGCGUCACGUUUACGGACGUCGUGCUCCAAAACACGACAGCGGCUGGUAGCGGCGGCGGCGUCUUCCUCGAUGCCCAGUCGGUCAUGACACUUAACAACUCGAUCAUCGCCAAUGCCACCGCGCGUCUCGGCGGCGGUGUCUAUCUCAAGAAUAGCCGGCUCUUUUUGACGGGCGCCGUCAUUACGACCAACGUCGCGGGGUACGGCGCCGGCAUCUUCACCCAGGACACCGGCAGCAUCUCGGGCGACUCGGCCAGUGUCCUCUCGCACAACACGGCGAGCGUGUGUGGUGGCGGCCUCGCGCUCAAUGGCUCGUCUUCGGACUUGGCCGCGAUCACCAACGUCCCAAUCACGGCCAACGCCGCGACCAACGGUGGCGGCGCCUGUGUUCUCGGCGGGUAUACUCAAAUUGCGUGGGCUACCACGGUUGUGCUCGACAACUUUGCGUCCGGCAACGGCGGUGGCCUCUACCUCGCGGGUGCCUUUGUUUUCAACAGCAGCGGGUCGACUUUCUCGAGCAACCAUGCUCUCGGGGCCGGUGGCGGCAUGUACUUCUAUUCUGCCACCGGGGCCAUUCUGGCCGAUGACGCGCUUACCGUCGUCCAGAACCAAGCGCGCGCGGGGGGCGGCGUGUACACGGAGAACAGCAGGAUCACGCUGACAAACCUCGAGGCAGCGCUCAAUAUCGCGUCGGACAGCGGCGGCGGCAUCAUGGGCAAUGCCUCGGCGCUGCACAUGGUCGGGGCCAACAUCGUUGGGAAUUCGGCUGCCGUCGCCGGUGGCGGCAUGCAUCUCGUGCGCGCGUCGGUCGCCACCACGCUUAAUGUCGCUGUCGCCAACAACCGCGCGACCGACGGCGCCGGCGUCAGUUUGGAUGCGUCGGCUCUCUCCGAUGCAACUAUUGUCGGGAACACGGCGAUGCGCUACGGUGGUGGCGUCCUGCUCACGGCCGGCGCGACGCUGACCGGGUGCACCGUUCAAGGUUGUUCGGCCGGUGUCAACGGCGGCGGCGUGGCGACAGUAAACAGUCCGUCGAGCAUCAUGACUGGAGUUGUCGUAUCGAGGUGCAGCAGUCAAGCCACCGGCGGCGGCGUCGCUGUGUUGAGCAGUACGCUGUCGCUAGUGCAGUCGCCGAUUCUUGAAAACAGCGCAACGACGGACGGGGGUGGUCUGUACAUUGCGGACGGAGCUGUGACCGGUCAAGUCGAUGUUAGCCUCUGCCGCGCCGGUCGCGAUGGCGGCGGCAUCGCUGGUACGGGCCGCGUCGAUGUCACGGGCGCCACCAUCGGGAGCUGCACAGCGUCCCGUGGCGGCGGCCUCGCCACUAUGAACGCGCAGCUCACGCUCAUCGACGCCAGUAUAUCGGAGUGCAGCGCCACCGACGUCGGCGGCGCUGUCUAUGCCAGUGACAGCCGUGGGACGCUCCAAAACGCACAACUGACGCACAGCAAAAGCGUCAACUCGGGGGGCGGACUUGCUCUGUCAAGCUCGACGCUGCAUCACACGGCGCUAGUCAUCUCGACAUGUACAAGCGAAGGCUAUGGCGGCGGUGUGGCGCUAGAUGCAAGCGCACUCCUUCCUGUGACGCCCACCGACAUUGCGCAGAUCACUGGCAAUACGGCCGUCGGCGGCGGCAACGGUGCAAUCACGGGAACCUCGACGCUCGAGGCAGUCAACAUGACGACAGGGUUUGCGGCGCUCGGUGGAGCUCUCUACGUGUCGAAUGGCACCGCGUCGCUGCAGCGUCUCACGCUUCAUAAAAACACGGCGUCAACGACCGGCGGCGGCGCCUACAUGAUAAAUGCGACCGUGUCGGUGACGGCCACGACGGUAACCAGCAAUCGUGUCACCCCCGGUCUCUUGGGCGGUGGCCUCGUCCUCAUCAACGCCGACGUCUCCCACGCGUCGGUCGUCGUGUCCCAAAACACAGCGGCCAAGUUUGGCGGGCUCGCCCUCGGUGGCGUCUCACGCUUCGUCGGCGCCAGCGGCGCGUCGAGCGUCACCAGCAACAACGUGUGCAUCGCCUCUGUGUGUGGCAACGGUACCAACAUCGGCAUCCUUGUGGCGGCCACCGCCACCGUCGCGGGGGUCGACGUCUCCGGCGGUCGAAGCACCCUCGGGGGCAGUUUGUACGUCGACGUCGCGGCGCGCCUUGCCGUGUCGCACGCCACGAUUAGCUACAACGUCGCGGUGAUUGGCGGAGCUCUCUACGCUGCCAAACAGUCGUCGUCGUCUCUCACCAACGUGACGCUGGCCAACAACACGGCGACGAGUGGCGGCGGCGCGAUCCGCAUUGCGGGCGAAAGCAACGUCAUCCCGGACGGCACGAGCGUCCUAACGGUGUCCAACAUAACGCUUUUCAACAACUCGGCGUCCACCCGAGACGGUGGUGCCGUCUGGAUCACGCACACCACCUUGACAGGCUCCGCCUUGCUCGUUGUCGAGAACGCGGCCAGUGAGGGCAACGGUGGAGCCUUUUGCAUUGACCUCGGUAGCAACGUGGCUCUGGACAGCACCACCGUCUCAAAGAGUCGCAUCAACGCCGACUACAACGGCGGGGCGUUCAACAUUCAGGGCGGUAGCCACGUCGUUCUUACCAACUCGCUCGUGUCGAGUUCGGUGACGGCGCCCGACAGCGUGGCCAGUCUCGGCGGUCUCUUGCUCAUCAAGGAUGCGCUCACCAGCGUCGUCAUCGAACACUCCCAGUUGCAACUCGGCUAUGCGCGCUCGGGCGGCGCGAUUUACAUUGACGGCGCGGCGCUGUCCAUAUCCAACAGCACCGUCGCCAACUGCGCGGCCACCGAGUUUGGCGGCGGUCUCUUCAUCACCAACGUGGCAACCGUCGCGAUGGCAGCGUCGUUGCUUGAAAACUGCACCGCCAACUACAACGGCGGCGGCGUCAACCUCGACGGCGCGUCGCAGCUCGCACUCACAAACGCCGUCGUCCGGCGCAACACGGCCCAAGACCAAGGCGGCGCUGUCUUCUUGGACAUUGGGCUCAAGAAUGCGCUGCGCGUCGAGUCGAGUGUGUUUGAGCUCAACCUCGCGAGCGGCCUCGGCUCGGCGCUCUUUGGGAGCCGCGACACGGCGACCACGAUCCGCAACUCAACCUUCCGCGCCAACGGCGGCGUGACCAUCUACGGCUACAACGAAGGCGGCGUUCUCUACUUUGAAACGUGCACGGCGGCGAUUUCGACCUCCACCUUUGAGCGCAACGUCGCCUACUCCGGCGGCGCGCUCCAAAUGUACAGUCAGGCCACAAUCAACGUGGUCGACUGCGUCUUCCAGCACAACUUCGCCGCCACCGAUGGCGGGGCCGUCGCCCAGGCCAAUGGAACGCUCUUGCUGCAGCGCUGUCUCUUCUUCAACAACUCGGCGCUGGCGCUCGGUGGCGCGCUCUUCCUCGCCGACGCCGCCGCCGUCAUGUGGGACGGUACGUCGAUCCUCAGCAACAGCGCCGUGCGCGGUGGCGGCGUCUACCUCGGCGAUGCGGCCUCGCUCGUCGCGAAUGACGGGCAAGUUGGCAGCAACAAGGCCACGAUGGGCGGUGGCGUCUAUUCGACAGGUCAAGCCACCGUGUCGAUGAUUGGCGUUCACGUCAUCGACAACAACGCGUCAUCGACCGGCGGUGGCUUUUACAUGAAUUCGACGUCGGGCAUAGUGCACAGUUCAUUGACGAGCAGCGGCAACACGGCGGCGCUCGGAAAUGACGCGUUCUGGCGCUUUGACGAGACGACACCGGCGUACGACUGCGCCGGGUGCGCGUUCUCGGCCCCGUCGUCGCUCGCGACCGACCCGAUGAACAUCACGGCCGGGUGGUGGCCGCAAAACGUCACGAGCGGCGUGCUCAUGACGACCAAUGCGUCCAACGUCGGUCCAAAUCUGUGGAGCCCCAACGCGUCGACGACGCCGUGGCCGACGAUCUUGACGGUCGACUACUACGGCGCCAGAAGCGUGCUGGAUACGCAGACCACGUGUCGCCUCUACAAGGACCUGCGCGAAAGCUAUGCGAUCGACUUUACGCCGGCGGGGCAAAUCGCCGCGAGCGCCGGCUUUGUGACGUUUGCGCAGGCGCAGGUGGCGGCGACGGCCAAGUCGUCGGCGUUCCACUUCGACGCGGCGUGCACGCUCUACAACGACCGGCAACUGGCCAUCGACAUUUACAUCCAGGUCAACCCGUGCAACCCGGGGUACUCGCUCAACGCCGGGAAAUGCAUUCCGUGUCCCCAAGGCAGCUUUAGUUUGGACGGCAUCAACUGCCACCCGUGUCCGAUGGGGGCCACGUGUCUCCAGUCGACCGUCGUCGGCACCGGCGUCGCGUACACCGGUGUCGACUACCCGAGCACGCAGCAAGGGUUCUUCUUAAACGAUGCACCGGCGUCCAAGAUGGGCGCGCUCUGCGACGACGCUUCGGCCUUUCAAAGCGGGGACCCGUGCCCCGGCGGUACACCGGAGACGCGCCUCGAGCGCAUUCGGUCGUGCUUGAACGCGUCCACGUUCGAGUCGUACUGGCCGUCGGAGCGUAUCUUUACGUGCUCGUCGGGCUACAACUUUUACACGUGCUCGGUGGCGUCGGCGUGCAAGGCCAACAUUGGCAAAGCGCUCGUCAAUAGUCCGGGCGCCAAGUGCGCCGCCGGUUUCCGCAACGUGCUUUGCUCGUCGUGCGACCCGGGUUUCGAAAAGCUAGCCGACGGCUCGUGCACCGAGUGCUUGCCGACGGCGUCCAAUGCCUUCUACGCCUACAUGAUGCUGCCUCUGCUUCUUGUUGCGGUUGCCAUUUUGGGCGCUUUUCUAUACCUCCGGGCGGGAACCGACCGCGUCCUCAUGGCGCAGGCCAGAGCGGCCAAGGCCGACAAGCCGUUCGAGUACAGCGUCGCCGACUCGGACGCGCCGUCGCAUCUCGAGCGGCUCGUGCUCCGGCCGCUCGCAACCUUCUAUAAGCGGGUGAUGCCGGGGAAGACGCUCAAGCUGCGCGCGACGCCGGCCAACCUCUUCCAGAUCAAGCGCCUUCGGCCGCCACCCGUGAGCAUCAACCCCGAGAAGCUCAAGAUCCUCGUGAGCUUUUUCCAGAUCUUUGCGAGCUUUAAGGACACGUACGACAUUGAGUGGCCGUCCGACGCUGCGGUCUUCAUGCAAUUCUUCCUCAAGUUCAACUUCAGCUUCCUCGCGAUCCCCCACAUUGACUGCGUCUUGCGCUACAACUUUUACGUCGACUUCGAGCUCACGCUCGGGAUCACGGCUCUCUUCUUCGCGCUCUUGUACAGCGCGUACCGCAUUGGCGUGCUCCUCUAUCGACGCAAGCUGCACCGGGUCCCGCGCCACUGCCCGCGCUGCGGCCUGCCAAACUUCGACUUGGUCGCGGGAACGGCGCCCGUGCCCGCCGAGCCGCUCUCGCGCUCCGAGCGGCUCCACCGCUUUGUCUUUGAGAAACACGCGGCCGCGCCGCUCCUGCCGACGUACGCAGCCACGCACACGCAGUGCCCGACGACCCACGUGCUCGAGUCCGCGGCGAUUCGCAAGCAAGUGGUUCGAACGAACCUGCGGCUCUGGCAGGCGCGGCUCCGGCUCCGGCUCAACUUUCAAACGUACUGCAACAAGUGCUGGAAGAUCUUCUUCUGGCUCGCGCUCGUGUUUUACCCGGCCGUGAGCAAGAAGAUCCUCGACCUCUUCAACUGCCUCGAGAUCGGCGCCGGGUUCUACCUCGUGUCCGACAUGAACUACCUCUGCUAUAGCAGCGAAUGGUACCUUCGCGCCGCGAUUGGCGCCGUGGGCUGCGUCGGCUGGAUCCUCGGGGUACCGCUCACGUGCUUUCUCAUCUUGUUACGCGAGCGCCACGACGGCGUCCGCGCCAAGAUGAAGCAGCUCAAGGACGGCAAGCACGAGCUCGCGCGCACCAAGUGGAUCGACGCGAUGAAGGUCGACUACGAGGCCAACGGGCUGCACUGGGACGAGCGCAACAUGGCGUUUGCGGACGACCUCCUCUCGCGCUACAUGAUGAAGCGCAACCUCCGGAACCCGAGCGUCGUCGCCGGCGUCGGCUUUAUAUACCACGCCUACAAGGACGAGUUUUGGUUCUUCGAAAUCGUCGACCUUGUCCGGAAGCUCUUCAUGAACGGCGUCAUCGUCUUUGUCGGCCAGGGCUCCAUCACCCAAGUCGUUGUCGGCCUCAUCAUCAUCUUUAUCUACAUGUCGAUCUUGCUCGCGGUGCAGCCGUAUAAAGAAGGCUCCAACAACGCGGUCGCGGCCAUGGCGCAGAUGCAGCUCUUCGUCACGCUCUUUGCCGGUCUCCUCGUGCGCAUGAACGUCGGCAACGCCCGCAGUCUCAACCUCAACCAAGUCGCCGUCAUCAUCGUCGUGUCCAACUGCACGACGAUCUCGCUCAUCCUCGUCGGCGUGCUCCUCGAGAAGAUCAAGGAGGCGCGCUUGCACAAGCGCAUCUGCCAGCGCAAGUACAACGACGACGUCCGCUUCCACAUCGAGCGGCUCUGGUGGCGCGCCACGUCCUAUGCGCUCGCCGACGCCUACUUGGCCAAGGUGCGGACCGCCGACGCCCCGCCACUGCCGUCGUUCCGCGUCGUGCUCGAGCUCGCGCGCCGGCAAAAAGCUUCCGUCGACGUCGACACGUUGACGACCGAAGUCCGAGACGCCGAGCCCGCCACGUAGCCGCUUCUUAUAGUCGCUCUGCAUCCAUGUAUCCAUAUCGAACUUUCAAUCUAUCAAGCGUGAUCGAG